GUGGCUUUUCAUACAUUGGGUCUUUCACAUUUCAUCCAAGUGACCGUCAAAUACGUCCAUUAUGCAAGGCUACCAUUACCCCUGCUUCAAUGUCACCUCUCCGAUCCCCGACGUCUGCCUGGUACUGGUCCAGAGCGACCGAAAACUCAACACUUUCACCGAGGCGAUGCGCCGUGAUUUCCGGCGGCUUAUCACCCGUCUGUCCGACGACUCACAAGUGCGUGCCAUCGUUAUCGCGGGGGCAGGGGACCACUUUACAGCGGGGCUAGACCUGCAGGAGGCCAUGAAAGGGCCUAUUCUCAGUGGAGUCGAUCGCACUAUCGAUCCGGCCCGAAAGGCCCGAAUAAACCGUGAGUACAUUCUGGACUUUCAGGCCUGUGUGGAUGUGGUCGAAAGAUGUGUGAAACCGGUAAUUACUGCCCUGCAUGGAUUGUCCUACGGACUUGCUAUAGACCUGGCUUGCUGCGCAGACAUGCGUAUCUGCGCCGCCAACACCCGGUUCUGUGUCAAGGAGAUCGAUAUCGGGAUUGCGGCCGACCUAGGCACGUUAUCACGCCUGCCCCGAAUGGUGGGCAAUGCCAGUUUCGUACGAGACGUCUGUCUGACGGGCCGGGAGUUCUCCGCGCAGGAAGCGGCGCAAGUUGGAUUUGUCAGCUAUGUCGAAGAGACGAGGGAAAGAGCCAUUGACCAGGCAGUCGAGAUAGCCGGCCAAAUCGCGCAGAAGAGCCCAGUGGCCAUCCAGGGAACCAAAGACAUCCUCAAUCAUGCGCGGGAUCAUCCGGUGGGCGAGAGUCUGCGGUAUACUGCUGUGUGGAACGGGGCCGCGCUGCAGACGCAGGAUGUUAAGGAAGCGAUGCUGUCGUUCCGUCUCCGAAAGAUGCCUACAUUUGAAAAGCUGUGACCUGGUCUGUAUUUAGAAAUUCCAAGAGCAAUAUAAAAACCGGUCCAUCGAUUUCCAGACCAUCCUUCAGUUGCAUCUGUAGUCUGCCCGCUCCCUUUCUUGAUCAGUGGAUGGAGCAAUAACAAAAGAAAGAAAAUAUACAUAAAUUCAUAAUGCC